AUGGCCUGGGAUGAGUUAACUGGUGACUAUGAUGUUGAAACUGAGUUUCGGUUUGAGUCUCAUGUGAAAAAUAUUCGCAUGUCUAUGUCACUGGCAUGGAGUCAAGAUGGGAAUGUUCUUGGCUAUGGCCUGCCAGUGUGUUCGGACCGACAGCUUCAUAUCCAAGCACUCAAUGAUGAAGGGGAGUGGGUGCCUCGGGUUUCCCCCACAACAAAUAUCACAGACUGCAUUGACAGUGAGCGCCCUUAUGUAAACAAUGCCUUGUCACUUUCAGGUGAUGGAUCAAUGAUCGCCUUCAGGGUUGGUACACUUGUUAGAGUUUUUGAGUGGCAAUCUGAAGCUGAAUCUUGGAAUGACGUGAGUAAUCCUUUUCCAUUGACCCAUUACCCAGUUUCCAUGUCUUCGAGCGGAAGGGAGCUGGCAGUCGGAGCUCCUCAAGAUGGCAUUGGCGGAGUCACCACAGUUUACUCACUACCUGGAUCAAAGGAGUGCCCCACUGGCAUGUCACUCCUACGCCUAUCGCUGACGCUUGAUAGGCUCCCCAGAGAUUUUGUUUGGAAUCUUAUGGACAAUGUUACUGGUGUGAUUCUCUUUGAGCAAGAAUCAUACCCCGAGGAAUAUGCCUUUGCAACAAUUGUUGAGGAAGUUUGCAUCCCGGCUGAUUCUUGCUACCUGUUCACAAUGUACAACAUGAAGAGGCGUGGCAUGCAAGCCCCUGGGCAAUUUGGCCUCUUCAUGGAUGGCGAAAAAGUUGUACAUGGAUCCUUUGAUGGCCUCUUUGUGAAGGAGUACUUUGGGAACUGUUUACCUUGCCCUGCUGGUACUGAGAGGCUUAGCAUCAUGAUGCUUGCAUGCGAACAGAUACCAUGGAUACUGGGCAAGUUCAUUGAAGCCAAGAAUGAUACCGAUUCAUCAAGCAGCAACUCCUCUAGCAGCAACUCCUCUAGCACCGACUCCUCGAGUGAUUCAGAGGAUGAACUGGAGGUCCGACCACUCUGUAGCGAAUAUUUCAAUGCAGAGGACUGUUCAAAUUGGAUUUCCUAUGAAACAUGUUUGGACCCAACAGAGUGCUAUUCAUUCCGAUUCCUUUCUAAUCUUCGAGCGCUUGUUGAAAUUGUGUUUGGGGAGAAAACAGAAAAACCAAGUUCGCAACUGGUGUGUGGAAUGUAUGCAACUGCUGUUGGGAAUGCAGAGAAGUGCUGGACAGAAAAUAACAAAGUCGUUCAUUUCCAAAAUGACACUUUGACUUAA